GCCGCUGGGUGCUGUAAGGCGCUAGUCUUAGUUGUUGUCCGUCGCAAAAUAAUAAACAAAACAAAAAGUAAACAUGGGAAACCACAAGGUUCUUCGAUCGGCGGGCAAUAACUUGCGUUACUCCAUGUACGAGUUCAUUGAGGCGGUGCACAAUCGCUCAAUAAUAUGGGAAAGGCGCCACCCGAACUUCCACAAUAGGGAGCUGAGAGAUCAAGCCUGGCAACAGAUUGGCAAGGAAUUGUGCAAGAAUUUUGAGACAUCUAGCGAGCCGGAAAAGCAGGAAAUUGUGAAAACACUGCUAAAGCGAUGGAAAAACACGCGUGACAGCUACUUGCGGGUGCACCGGCUGCGUCAAACUGGCGAGGAGGUUGUCAGGGCCUCUUACAUCUACGAAAAGGAACUCAGUUUCCUGCUGGAUGUGAAAACCGAAUCGGAUGACGAUGAGGAACCCCCCCUAAAGAGGGAAACCAAACCUCCAGUCAAACGGAAACGCCUUCCGGCUGUCCAAAGAACUCCAAGGAAGCGAAGAGGUUCAGGCCACGAAUCGGAUUUGGAAACAGCUAACAGUGAACCAUCUAUUCAGGAUCAUCUGCAUUUCGUUCUGGAAGAUCUGAACUACACCAGGGAGGAUCCAGCGUCAGUGGAAAAGGCUCCCGUCCCUCCGAUUUCGAGAGAUUCAAAUUGUACAAAUGCAACAAAUUCUUCCUCAUCUUUAUCCGCCGAUCCCGAUCAAGCUUUUUUUGACAGCAUUAAGCCGCAUAUGCAAAGAAUGUGUCCCGACCGAAAGCUCGACUUUCAGAUCGAGGUUCUCAAGAUACUUCGUAAUUUUAAGCCAAAUUAAAGUAAGUUUUAAAAUC